AAAAUGUGCUUAACAAAUGUACGCGACUGGUUGGUACUGCUGACUAUGGAGAUCUAUUUGGAUAGAUUUAUAGAGAGCGGCUAUAAUUCCAUUGGAAUGUGCAAACAAAUAAUAUACAGUGAUUUGAUCAUGCUGGGUAUUGAAAACUUGGCCCAUCGACAACUGCUCUUAGAAGGCGUACAACUGCUGCAAAACUCCAAAGAAUUUCCAAUUUGCACAGAGCCAUGCAAUCAACAUAUCAACACACCAGAUCCACUAACCAUAGACAUUGACUGUCAUUUGGAGGAGUCGAUGGAAACAAUGAUCAAGGAACACUACGCUGCCCUGCUGUCGCCACCCGUUGUCCCCAAGCAGAAAAUAAAACGAGCUAAAGAGACCAAAGGAAACUAUGCUUCUCCGCUGACACCACCUGUUCUUGUCAUGAAGGAAAUGUGCCUCGAUGAUAACGAUAACUUCACGUUCGAAGAGGCAAUUUGUAUGAACAUAGAAUUCGACUUUGAUUUGCUUUCUGCGGCGCAGAGACCCGGUGGUUUGAAAACCGACAAAUAA